AUGCACAUGACCGCCACUUCUAAGCUCAAAUGCCUAUGUGGCUCUAUUUCAGAGCCUGGGGCCCUUCUGUUUAACUUAGAAUUUCCGCUGAGCUUGGAGAUAUGUCAUUGCAACCCAUGUCGACAAACGACAGGCUCUCUGGGAGCAGUCUUCCCAGCACUCAACUCAUCUCCUUCCAAAGACACUCACUCCAAGCUCACAGCUUACCAAAGCUCUGGAAUAAUCACACGAUACUUCUGUUCUACUUGUGGCUGUCCGUGUUUCGUUUACAACCAGAAACAGAACGAGUGGUUCAGUCUGGGAGGAAUAAUCGAACUAAGUCGCAACAAUGCCACCCAGCCAAGAGAUAUCGUUAAGGUCUCACGCCAUGACUUUGUUCUUGACACCGUUGACGGGGGACUGGUUCCUAUUCUCCUCAACCUGAAUGGCCGCUCCAUCCCAACAUGGUCAGCUGCCGCGGGCCUAGAUCAUGAACCAGACUCGUUCGACCUUUCACACGCCUCUGUUCUCUCCCUCCCCAAGAAGUCUAUCGGCGAUGCCCCGCCUCCUAAGGAAGAUUCAUAUCUCACAGCCAAGUGCCAUUGCGAAGGCGUUUCUCUCCUAAUCAAACGCGCAAAUUAUUCUUCGAACCCCAGCGAUGAAGUCCCUCGUCAAGCUCCCACCGAUCCCACCAAAUAUCUCGCAUACUUCUGCGCCUGUCGCUCCUGCCGCUUGACCUCCGGUGUUUCAAUGGUACCCUUUGCCUUGAUUCCACCAACAAGCAUAUUCAACGCCAAUGCUCCGGCCCUCAUCGACGAAUCAUCCUCCAAGCAGAAAGUGAAGCCGCUGACAUAUGGCCAUGCUUCUUCCGACUCAAACUCCAAUCCAGGGUUGACGUUGAAGCACCACUGGUCCUCUCCGGAUACAUGUCGCAGCUUCUGUGGCAAAUGUGGUGCCACAAUUUCUUACUGGUGUAAUAAACGACCGGAUGGGUUGGAUUUGGCUGUUGGCAUUUUGAGAGGUGAGGAGGGAAGUAUGGCGAGGAGGUGGUUGCAAUGGGAGCGGGGUCAAUGCAGUUUUCACGAGGAGUGUAUUGAUAGGGAAUUGUGCGACGCAUGGCUAGGAAGCAAAAGUGUAAUGGAGAAGAUUGACCGUUGAGGGAUGGAAAGAGCAAGCCACUGAGGGUACAAGGAAAAUUUCAGAUGCGUC